UGACCUGAAGGAGUGGGUCCCAGCCCAAAAGGCUUUAGGGGUGGCUGUUAGCAAGAUGAGGGUGGUUUGGAGCCCUGUAUAAGAGGCAGGACGGGGUCGCAGCUGAUUGCUGUGUCCCCACAGAACUGGGCCUCCUGCUGCCCACCAUGGCCAAAAGCGGAGAAGCCCUGCCCCAGGGCCGCCCAGCGCUGAUCCCGGACCCCCACCUCAUCAAGGUGACAGUGAAGACGCCCGAGGACGCGGAGGAUUUCUCAGUUACAGACACUUGCACCGUCCGGCGGCUGAAGGAAGAGGUGUCUCAGCGCUUUAAAGCCCGCCCCGAUCAGCUGGUCCUAAUCUUUGCUGGCAAAAUCCUCAAGGACCCUGACUCACUGGCACAGUGUGGGGUGCGAGAUGGCCUCACUGUCCACCUGGUCAUCAAGAUGCAACGUCGCACCACGGGUACUGAGUGUCCAGCUGCUUCAGUCCCUGCCCCAGCCCCCAGCCCUGGAUCAUUCCCUCAGCCAAGCUCCAUGUAUCCAGCAGAUGGACCACCCACAUUUAGCUUAGGUCUUCUCACAGGCCUCAAUGGGCUGACCUCCAGCAGUUUCCCUGACCAGCCAAGCUCCCUGAUGUGGCAGCAGGUCUCUGUGCCUGAGUUUGUGGCUCAAAUCAUUGAUGACCCUUUCAUCCAGGGUCUGCUGUCCAACACUGGCCUGAUGCGCCAGCUGGUUCUUGAUAACCCCCAUAUGCAGCAGCUGAUCCAGCACAACCCCGAGAUUGGGCAUAUUCUUAACAACCCCGAAAUCAUGAGGCAGACACUGGAGUUCCUACGCAACCCAGCCAUGAUGCAAGAGAUGAUGCGUAGCCAGGACCGGGCACUCAGUAACCUGGAGAGCAUCCCUGGUGGCUACAAUGUGCUUCGUACCAUGUACACAGAUAUUAUGGACCCGAUGCUUAAUGCAGUACAGGAGCAGUUUGGUGGCAAUCCCUUUGCCACUGCCACCACUGCGAAUACCACCAGCAGCAGCAGCCAACCUUCAAGGACAGAGAAUUGUGACCCUCUCCCCAAUCCAUGGGCUUCUACAUAUGGAGGCUCUGUUGGCAGGCGAGGCAGGCAUCCUGGGGACCAGGAUGGAUCUGAGCCUAGAAAUAGGGUUCCCACCAUUCUGGGUAAUAUAGGGCUCUAUGACUAUCUUCAGCAAUUACAUGAGAACUCCCAACCCUUGGGAACCUAUCUGCAAGGGACUGCAUCCACCCUUAAUUCAAGCCAAGAACCACCACCACCAGGAAACCGAGUACCCCCAGCAUCAUCCUCCUCCCAGGAAUGUGAGUCAGGCCAGCCUCUCUCUAAGGAAUCCAUAGCCAUCAAGGGAAAAUCCUCUUGCCCAACAUUCCUGAGAUAUCCCCCAGAGAACAGUACAGGGCAAGACAGAGGCCAAGGUGGCACAGGAAAUGGCUCCACUGGCCACAGCACCAACAUGCCUGAUCUUGUCUUAAGGCUGGGGCAUUCUGCCAAUAGGACCCCAUUCGUUCCUUCACCACCUUCCCCUAUGUCAGCUCCCCCUGGGAUCCCAGAGCAUGUCUGGUUGCCACCAUUAGCUUACCCGAGAUCUCUGAGGCCCUCCAGCACAAACCAGGUCCCACAGCUGCAGGAUAAGAUGUGCCUGCCCCUGCUGCUGCACCUUCAGGCAGCCAUGGCCAACCCUCGCGCCAUGCAUGCCCUGCUGCAGAUUGAGCAGGGUCUGCAGAUCCUGGCUACUGAAGCACCUUGCCUCCUACUCUGGUUCAUGCCUUGCCUAACAGGGCUGGGAAGUAUGGCAGAGGUGGCAGAGCCUAGAGAGGGUGCCCUUAUGCCCGAGGAUCACUCCCCAGCCCCAGCUCCUGAGGUUUCCCUGGCACAGGGCUCUGUGCAGCUGGACCUCCAUUCCACCCCUCUCCUCCAGAUGUUGCAAGCUCUAACUGGUGCCAGUCCCCAGCAGAUGCAGCCUGAGGUUCACUUCCGGGUGCAGCUAGAGCAGCUGCGAGCAAUGGGCUUCCUGAAUCCCGAAGCCAAUCUCCAGGCCCUCAUAGCCACAGGGGGCGAUGUGGAUGCUGCUGUGGAGAAGCUGAGGCAGGCAUAGGAGCCUUGGUUGUUCAGACCAUAUCUUUUCUUCUGUGCCCUUUCUCCAUACCCCACUACCUUAACUCCCCUGUUCUUGAAUGUAGCUGAACUAUGAACCAAAUCCACUAUGAUGCCCUUUACUGUGGAGACAAUGUUGUUCCAGAGUCAAUGAGGAAGAAUCAGAGCCAGAAACAGGGUGAGGGCACUACAAGUGACCCAACCACCCCUGCCACACUGUAUCAGCUCGGGCCCUUGGUCUGCGCUCUGCUUAUGCCUAUCUUGAGAUGCAAUUACAUCCAAUCUCUGGUGUCUGCCA